UGGAUGAAGUGUAUGAAACAACUUGAUUGUGCUCUUUUACUUGGUGGCAACAUGUUCAAUGUGCUUGUGAAUCAGAUGAUUGAUGUCAUCACAUCAUUGGCAUUGACUCCUCAACAUGUUGACACGGCCACAUCAAGCACAAGUACAAACUCAGAGGCAUUCACAACGAGCCAGCAUGCCCCACAAUCAGACACAUUCAAGCUACACUUGGAGAUGUCUGAACAAUGUAUGAUACCAAGAUUGGUGGCACCGCCAUUACAGGUGUUUUGGAAUGACAAUAUGAAGACUCAUACACCUGUUGUGAUCACUGGAGCAAUGUCACACUGGCCGGCACUAUCCACGCGUCCUUGGAGCAACAUGUCGUAUCUCAAGCGUGUGGCGGGCAUGCGCACCGUUCCCAUCGAGGUCGGUCGCCAGUAUACCGAUGCAGAUUGGUCACAACAAUUGAUAACAAUUCAAGAGUUUAUUGAGACGUACAUCACUGGCACUGCGACUGAAGCUCAGUCUGAGGCCACUGGAUACCUGGCACAGACACAACUAUUUGAUCAAAUACCUGUGUUGCGAAGUGAUAUAGCCACGCCAGAUUAUUGUGCCAUGUCAAUAUCAGACCUUGGUGAUGAUGAUGAUUGCGAUGAUGAUGAUGAAUCAGAGCCGGUAAUGAUUGUAAAUGCAUGGUUUUGGUCCAAAGGGUACCACAACACCAUUGCACCACGAUCCACAUCACAACCUUUUGUGCCAAGUCGUUGGAUCAAAGUAUAUCCGUCUCUACGCCGUUGA